CUUUGUCGGAUUGCAGUUCGAAUCUCGUAGAGGAACAGCUGCCUUUCUUUCCAGAGCAUAUUCCUUUAUGACGACUGAAGGGCAUAGAAAAAGCCUAAAAGUUUUCUAGUACAUGAAGAGUAGCUUAUUGUAUUUGUAGUACUAUACUGCAAACCGGUUUGGUCAUUUUCAUAGAUGAAGUUCCUGCUAGUAACAAGUUUCUCACUCUGCAUUUUUAGCUUGAUGUUAGGUGUACCUAGUACUACACCUCUAACCCACGUCGAGAUCGAAGUCGAUGGCUUGGAGGAGCUAGGGAAUGACGGAAGCCUCCUCGCUGAUCGCGAAGACCAGAACAAGGCCACAGAGGGCACAGCCACCGGUGGCUGCAUUGAACCGACCACGACUGCUCUUUCUGAGGAUCGUGCUGGAGAAACGGCACUACACGACGAGGAUAUUUUGAUGGAUCACGACGGCGACAAUCAAGAUAGUAGUACACCUCCUGAUGCAGUGAUUCGUCCUCAAGAAGAAGAUGGCGACACCCUCAUCCAGCUUGACGAGGGUGCUAUCAUAAUACAACGUUCUUCAUCAACAUCACUUGCAGAUUCUGAUGAUGAUGAAGAAGAUGAUCAUUAUCAUGAGAGCUUGGAGCGGGAAACAGACAAUGACAAGGACAGCAUAGCCACCUCCGUUCAACAGAAUGUGCAGAAAGUACUUGAAGCGUUGGCGGAACAAAAAGCGGAACAUCAUGAUCAAGAAG